UGGGCGAUCCUCAGCCUCGCUCCAUGGCGAACGCCAGCGAGUUUGCAAGCAGCAGCAGCAGCCCGCACUUGCCCGGCCCCGGCGCCCUACUCAGCGCCUCGGGCCUCAAGAUGACCACGCUGGGCUUGAUCCUGUGCCUCAGCCUGGCGGGCAACGGGCUCUUCGCGUGGCAUCUCAAGGAGCGGCCCCUGCACCGCGCGCCCUACUACCUGCUGCUGGAUCUGUGCCUGGCCGACGGGCUGCGCUCGCUGGCCUGCUUCCCCUUCGUCAUGCUGUCGGUGCACAGCGGCGCGGGCGCCUGGCCGCACGGCGCGCUCAGCUGCAAGGUGCUGGCCUUCCUGGCCGUGCUCUUUUGCUUCCACGGCUUCCUGCUCUUCUGCGUGGGCGUGACGCGCUACAUGGCCAUAGCACACCACCGCUUCUAUGCCAAGCGCAACGGCUGGACCUGCCUGGCGGUGGUGGUGUGCAUGGUAUGGAUCUCCAUGGCCAUGGCCUUCCCGCUCUUCGACGUGGGCACCUACAAGUUCAUCCGCGAGGAAGAGCAGUGCAUCUUUGAGCACCGCUACGUCAAGGCCAACGACACGCUGGGCUUCAUGCUUAUGCUCGCCACCGUCGUCGCCGCCACCCACCUGGUGUACGUCAAGCUCCUUUUCUUCAUCCACAGCCACCGUAAGAUGAAGCCCGCUCAGUUGGUGCCUGCCAUUAGCCAGAACUGGACUUUCCACGGGCCCGGGGCCACUGGCCAGGCGGCCGCGAACUGGACCGCUGGCUUUGGCCGGGGUCCCACUCCUCCCACUUUGGUAGGCAUUCGGCAGAACGCCACCCAUAGCCAGAUCAAGAGGCUGCUGGUCCUGGAGGAGUUCAAAACAGAGAAGAGGAUCUGUAAGAUGUUCUACAUGAUCAUUCUCUUCCUGCUUCUCUGGUCCCCCUACAUUGUGGCCUGUUACCUGCGGGUCUUCAUCAAGGCCAGCGCCAUCCCCCAAGUCUACUUGACCACUUCUGUCUGGAUGACCUUUGCCCAGGCAGGGGUCAACCCCAUCCUGUGCUUCAUUUCAAACAAGGAGCUCAGAGUCUGUUUCAGCUAUUUCCUUUGCUGCCAAAGCAUACAAAAUACUCAAGGCACCAUUCUGUGUGAUCUGAAGAAUUUUGGGAUGUAGUUUUAUCUUUCCAAUUGAAAAUAGUACUCUCUAUGCGUUUUUUUGGGGGGGGGGUUCGG